AUUGAUUUCAGUGUGUGAUACUCUCUCCCAAAGCACAAUUCAAACACAUAUUUCGACGAGACACGUUUUAAACUCGCGUCGUAGUUACUAACUGAUCCAGUUUCUUGCAUGUGAAUGACAACCGCCGUCAGCUGGGGUAGGUGGGGUCACAAAGAGCCAAGAUGGCUGACUUUGAGGAGCCGCUGUCAGACGAAGAGAAGGUCCGCAUUGCGGCCAACUUUGUGACUCAUGCCCCCCCGGGAGAGUUCAAUGAGGUCUUCAAUGAUGUGCGCCUUCUUCUCAACAAUGACAACCUCCUCAGGGAGGGGGCAUCGCACUCAUUUGCCCAGUACAACAUGGAUCAGUUUACUCCUGCCAAACUAGAGGGCUACGAUGAGCCGGUUCUGAUCACAGAACAUGGUGACUUGGGUCAGGGACGUUUCCUGGACCCCCGUAACCGUUUGUCGUUCCGCUUUGACCACCUAAGAAAAGAAGUGAGCGACAUACAGCCAUAUGAAGGAGAGACGGCUCUGAAAAGCUGGAGAGAUGCCUGUGAUACUUCCCUCAGUGCCUACGUCAAAGAGCACUACCCUACUGGAGUCUCCACUGUGUAUGGGAAAACAGUUGAUGGUCAGCAAACAAUCAUAGCCUGUAUUGAAGGACAUCAAUUUCAACCCAAAAACUUCUGGAACGGUCGCUGUAGGUCAGAGUGGAAGCUUACCAUCGGUCAGUCCACUGCUCAGGUGGUUGGAGUGUUGAAAAUCCAGGUGCACUAUUAUGAAGAUGGGAAUGUGCAGCUGGUUAGCCAUAAGGAGGUAGAAGAAUCAAUACCAGUGACUAGUGAAACCCAGACAGCCAAGGAAUUCGUUGACAUUAUUGAGAGUGCAGAAAAUGACUACCAGACUGCAAUCAGUGAGAACUACCAGACCAUGUCUGACACCACCUUUAAGGCCCUCCGUCGCCAGCUGCCUGUCACACGCACUAAGAUCGACUGGAAUAAGAUCCUAAGUUACAAAAUUGGCAAGGAGAUGCAGAAUGCCUAGUGGAAGAUCAGGGACUGACCAGGGAGACACACUCUCCACUGGGCCCACAACCCACAUGCGCAAGGACUAACCAAAGCAAAACUAUAUCAGUAUGGGGCAAGGAAUUAAUAUAAAAAAACAAAACAAAAAAAAGAAUAACUGAAGAUUUACAGACUGUUAGGCACAGAUAUCCAUCUGCUGUAAGGUUGCAGUUACGGAGAUAAUCAUGGUUUGGAGAAGAUGGUUACUUCUGGAUGUGUGUUGUUAAAAGAAUUGUGUUGGGUCAGUGUGCAGGGCUGUGCUCAGGACUGUUACAUUAAAGAAGUAAAUCUUCCUUUGGCUGUCUAAUGAAGACCCUAAACUUCCCUAGAUUCAGGCAUCAGGAGUCACAAUAUGUUUUUUUUUUUCUAGUCAGAUUGAUGCAGAACUGUGAUGAUGUCACAGUAAAGGUCUCAGCACACAGGAAAAGGCAGCUGAUGAGAGAAAUUAAGCACACAGGAAAAUAUGAAUAUUGUGAAAGUUUUCAUUUCAUUGUUGUUAUCAUGUACAGUGGUGCAAGGUGCAUCAGUAACAUCAGGACAUUGGCAGGAAAAUAAAUAGCAGUCAUCUAACAUUUGAGCUAAUACCAAGCUUAUGCAGUAGUAUUGCUGAACUGACAACUUAGUUAUACAUUUCCAGUGAAAUUGACAGUAUUUAUACUUGUAGUUAACAGUGAGCAUGAUCCUCAGCAUAGCUCUGUCGCUGCACUGUACACAUUUAUGUUUGUCGGUGUCUGUCAGGGCUGAGGGAAUGUUUACCUGUUUUCGCUGUGCUCCACUGGUGUAUGUGUCUCCACCCAUGCAAGCUAUGAUGACUGAAAUAAGAUAAAGCAACUUCUACGCUGCUGCAUCUAUAAUGCAUUCUCUGUUCUCUUACUUUGGCAACACCACCUCCAUUGCUGUACAGCUUUUCCUUUUUGAAAGGAAAACAUACUCAUAUUAACCAAGAUUUAUUUGCCAAAAUCUCUUUCCUAUGGUAAAGGACUCCAUCCUCCCACCCAUGUAUGCAAAUUUCUAUUUUAAUACGCUGGUUUUUGUUGGAGUCUUAGAAUAUUGCACUCCUAACUGUAACAUAGUGUUUGUGUAUUGGUCAAUGCCAAUUGAACGCAAAGCAGUUGCCAUGUACGGCAAGAUCAUAUACUGUAUAUGUUACAUGACUUCUGUAAGGCCACAUCAUACUGUAUGUGUUACAUGACUUCUAAAGUAGGCUGACUCUGGAUCAGUUACUUGUUAGCUAUACUAUGUGCAGUGUUCAACCCUCACACUAUACUACAACUGUGUGCCGAUCAGUUAUAAAGUUCAAGACUGUACUGCCCCAUUCUGUUGUACAAAUAAAUGGAUUGAACAUCU